AUGGUGAGGGUCAGCGUUCUGAAUGAUGCACUGAAGAGCAUGUACAAUGCAGAGAAGAGGGGAAAACGUCAGGUCAUGAUCAGGCCUUCCUCUAAAGUGAUCAUCAAGUUCCUUUUGGUCAUGCAGAAGCAGGUUUGUUUCAACUUCCAAUAUAUAUUCUCUACCCAUUUUUCUUUGCGUCCAACUGUUCAUUCGAUCCAUAUGCUUAUAUUGGCAUUUACAGGUUACAUCGGAGAGUUUGAGUAUGUUGAUGACCACAGAUCUGGUAAAAUUGUUGUUGAACUGAAUGGAAGGCUUAACAAGUGCGGGGUCAUCAGUCCUCGUUUCGACAUAGGAGUGAAGGAGAUUGAGGGUUGGACUGCUAGGUUACUUCCUUCUAGACAGUUUGGGUAUAUUGUGCUGACUACAUCUGCUGGAAUAAUGGACCAUGAGGAAGCCAGAAGAAAGAAGUUGGUGGGAAGGUACUUGGGUUCUUCUAUUGAGGGAUUUAUUGAUGCAUAGAAGUUUUAAGAAUGAUGUGUUUUAUUAGGGUUUGGACUUGAUAGUUAGCCAUCAUCUUGCUUGUGAUGGAGAUUUUCAAUCGGUAAUUGUUAUUUCCUUUUGCA